CUGUGCACAAAUCUAGGCAAAAUUUGUGUAAUGUUGCAAAAUAUAUUUAUUCAUUCCCUAGUGUCAAACUAAGGAUUAGAUUUUAAAAACAAUUUUCCAAAUGUCUAACAUUACUAUGCAGUUAAAAGUCUUAACAGUAGCAGUGCUCAUUAUCGGAAUUCAAUUAAAUUUUGGAUCCUCAAUUGCUCAAAACACUACAAUCCUUGUCACAAAGGGCGAUAUGUCUACUCGAAUCCUUUACAACGUGGAUCGUUCCGUUCACGCAAUACCUAAAUCAAAACCUAACGACAUUUAUGAAAUUCAAACAAAUGGGAACUGUAUCAAUAUUUACCCCCAAGAAAACUGCGUUGGACAAUUCGUCCGGGUUCAAACUGGGCUGAACUACAUAUAUGUCGGCAAUUUAGUGGGAAAUCGUUUGGACAAGAACAUUGUGGUUGACCAUGAAAAAGUGAUUGUUGGUUCAAUCGGGCCUUGUUUUGAGAAAUGUGAUCCUCAAAACUUGGUCGGAAUGAGGAAGGAUCUUUCAACUAGCGUUACGCUUCAUGACGAGCUUUACUAUCCUGGAUCCAAUUAUACAUUCUCAAUCUCUGGGAUGCAGUGCAUCAAAAUUCCGUCACUGACACGGUGGUUGAGGUGGACGUCGAUCAGAAUUUCAGGAACGGCUACAACCACCUGUGUCGAAUUGCAUGAUGACGCCACGUGUGGGGGGAACUCGGUCCAAUUACGGCCAGGAUAUCCAUAUUUGAAGUGGAUAUGGUGGUGGGGUUUGUUUCGUGAGGAAAACUCCGCUUUUUUGGUCAGAUCAGUGUCACUGUGCGGAAAUACUUGCCCAGCAGUCAUGGCUAACUUUUUCAAGAACGAUAACCACAACGACGCAUAUUAAUGACAAAACAAAUUCCUCUCAAGGAGAAGAACAAGCAUCACAUUCACCGUCGUGGGCCUUCCUUCUAAUUGUAUUAGCAAUCCUGUUCGUCCUGAUUGUUGCCGGCUUUGGUGGGGUUUAUUUCUUUCAGCCGAAAUGCACACCUUACGUCUUGCGAAGAACGUUGCAACGUCAUUGAGUAAUCGUUGGUUGGCUACGUUGAUCAUGUUUGGAUUAUUUAUAGCCACUUCUGUGUUUCAUCUACGCAAACCUGCCUCCACAUGUCCACAUAUCUUGGCUAAAUUUGUAUAUUUUUUAAAAAUAAUCUUUGUACAAAUUUGCACCUUGUGCAUACAUAUGCACAGCUCUGUUUAAUUUAACUACAAAGAAGAGUUUCAUCCUUUAAUAAAUGCUCUGCAUGUUAUCG